CAUUAAACAGAAGAAUGAAGUCGAUCAUCAUUGCGUUCUCAAUUGUAGCUAUUGCCUACGUGUUGUCAGAGCGAUGUGAUCAUAUCGAUGAUUGUGCCGAUACCCAGUGUUCCACUAACGCAUCUCACGUAGAAUGUGAACACCAUGUCUGUACCUGCAUGGCUGACGCUAUGUCAUGUAGUAAUAGACAAGAUUGCGUUAUGAUGGGAAGGUGCCACGAUAAACAUGAAGAGUUCCACUGUUUGGAUGGCAUGUGUAGAUGUAUUCGCAUGUAAUCAUUUAAA